AUGGAGCUCAAAGUAUGGGUGGAUGGAGUCCAGAGGAUUGUGUGCGGGGUCACCGAAGUCACAACUUGCCAGGAAGUUGUCAUAGCCCUUGCUCAGGCUAUUGGUAAGUCGCGCUGUCAGCUGGGUGUCUGGGAGUGGGGGGAAGCUGCUUUUAGGCACCUGGCGCCGCACGAGAACCCCAUCGUGUCUCUGAACAAGUGGGGACAGUACGCCAGCGACGUGCAGCUGAUCCUGCGCCGCACCGGGCCCUCCCUGAGCGAGCGGCCGACUUCGGACAGCAUGGCGCGCAUCCCUGAGAGGACGCUGUACCGGCAGAGCUUACCGCCCCUGGCCAAGCUGAGGCCUCCCGGAGACAAGUCCAUGAAGAGGAGGGAGCCCAAGAGGAAAUCCCUCACCUUCACCGGGGGGGCCAAAGGGCUAAUGGACAUCUUUGGGAAAAGCAAGGAAUCCGAGUUCAAGCAGAAGGUGCUCAACAACUGUAAAACAACAGCGGAUGAGCUGAAGAAGUUGAUCCACCUCCAGACGGAGAAGCUUCAGUGCAUUGAGAAACAGCUGGAGUCCAAUGAAGCCGAGAUCCGCUACUGGGAGCAGAAGUACAACUCCAGCCUGGAAGAAGAAAUCCUCAAGCUAGAGCAGAAGAUCAAAAGGAACGAGGUGGAGAUUGAAGAGGAAGAGUUCUGGGAAAACGAGCUGCAGAUCGAGCAGGAGAAUGAGAAGCAGCUGAAGGAGCAGCUGCAGGAGAUGAGGCAGAGGAUCCUGGAGUGCGAGAGCAAGCUGAAGGACUACAUGUCUCAGAUCCACAACAUGGAAAGUGGCCUUGAAGCAGAGAAGUUGCAGCGGGAAGUUCAAGAGUCCCAAGUGAACGAAGAAGAGGUCAAGGAAAAAAUCGAGAAGGUGAAGGGUGAAAUUGAUGUUCAGGGCCAGCAGAGUCUGAGACUGGAAAAUGGCAUUAAAGCUGUGGAAAGGUCUUUGGGCCAAGCUACCAAACGGUUGCAGGACAGGGAACAAGAACUGGAGCAACUGACGAAGGAGCUGCGACAGGUCAAUCUCCAACAGUUCAUCCAGCAAACGGGAACGAAGGUCACGGUGCUGCCAGCAGACCCCGUUGAGGUGGAGGCCCCGCACGUGGAGCUCGAGAGAGAGCCAGCAUUUCAGUCUGGGUCACUGAAGCGCCCUGGCUCAUCACGGCAACUCCCCAGUAACCUUCGGAUUCUGCAGAAUCCCCUGUCGUCUGGUUUUAACCCGGAGGGCAUUUAUGUAUGACAGUACAUACCUCUUCCGGAGAGGACCUAGCAAGGUACCCUGGACAAGAUACACUUCUGUUUUAUUCUGCCAAUGAUGAAUGGAGGAAGAUUUUGUUUGUUUGUUUUGUUAAGCCACCAUAUUUUUUCUUCUUCCUCCAACACACCACUUGGAGCCAUACCCUGUGCACUGAUGCUAAAGAGACAGAGGAACCGUCUCAGUUCAUAAUUGGCAAGGAUGAAUUUGCUGUCACCACAGCGAGAGUGCAAAAACUUCAUUUGUUUUUGCUGCUUCAGAAGUGUCUGGGAAAGUAUUGUCCCUUGUAUAGGCACAAAUGAAAGACUGAGGGCGAAGGAAACCACAUAUGCAACUGAAUCUGAGGUUUAAUUUAUUCCGUUUAAUCAAUGGACAUGCGAGUGUUCACCUUCUGUAUUUUUAUUUUUAAUUUGUGAAUAAUCAUGUAUGGCUGUACGUCAUUCUGACAGGGUGACUUUGUGUGUACAAACAUCCACCAUUUGAUCAAGUACAACAGCGUGGGAUGCAGAGUUCUGUGGAGUGCUGAACCAUUAAAAUGGUUUCUCACCACUGACUUUGUUAAUUUCUGUUAUGGGUCAUAAUAUGUCAUGUUCCAUCCAUUGCUACCUUUUAAGGCUUGAAAAGUGAGCUUGUGGGGUUUACUUGCUGUUGAAUCUGCCUUGAAUGAAGCACCUAGUGUUCAAAAGAUUUGUGGAAUUUAAACCUUGGCUUGGUAAAAAUAUUUCCAGCAUAUGAUUGAGGAUGCACUAGUUAGAUGGUAUUUUAAUUAUAUAGAAUGUAUAUUUGAAAUAUUUUGCCACAUUGUAUAUGCCUUUUGAGAAAAGAACAAUGUAAGAAGUUGUCUUCAUAUAUCUUACCAAAAGAGAGUAGGAGGCUUUCA